AUGGUGGGGGUGCUCCUGCCCCUCAACCCCUCCAAUGACACCUACGGGCAGCAGCAGCAGCAGCAGCAGCAGCAGCAGCAGCUGCAGCAGCAGCAGCAGCAGCAGCAGCUGGUGCCGCUCGACCCCCGGCUGCCGCGCUGCAUCGUGACCGCGGAGAGCCUGGCGGGGCUGCCAGAGGAGUUGAGGACCGAGGCCUUCCGCGAUGACGUCACCACCCGCACGUUUGUGACCGCCGCGCUGCAGCCAUGGCCCGAGAACCUGCAGACGCCGUUUGCGGCGGUCCGAAAGGGCCUCGGCCGCGCAGGCGACAUCGAGGGUGGCACGACGGCGCUGCUCGCGGCGAGCGCGAUCAGGACGGCCGACUUUGGUGAUGACGUCAUUGGGUGCCUCCCGCCGGUGCCGUGGCGGGUGACGGAGGCGGAUCUGGCAGCGCGGCGGGACCUCAGGUCCUGGCGCAUCUUCUCCAUAGAUCCCAUCACCGCGCGCGACCUGGACGACGCACUCUCAAUAGAGCGCGUCCCUCCGCCGGGCGGCGCCGACGGCGCGGGAGGCGCGGGCGGCGCGGGCGAAGCAGGCGGCGGCGGGGCCAGGUGGCGCGUGGGCGUGCACAUCGCUGACGUGGCGAGCUUUGUGCGGCCGGGGACGCCCCUCGAUGCGGAGGCGCUCGCGCGGGGCACCAGCACCUACCUGGUCCAGCGCGUCAUCCCCAUGCUGCCGCGGCUGCUGUGCGAGCAGCUCUGCAGCCUGAACCCCGGGGAGGAGCGCUUCGCGUUCUCCAUAGUGUGGGAGCUGGAUGAGGACGGCAACGUGCUGGAGGAGUGGGCGGGCAGGAGCGUCAUCCUUUCCCGCGCCAAGCUGGCAUACCCCAUGGUGCAGCAGAUGAUCGAGGGCUGCUUCGACCCCACGCGCUGGCAGGUCGCGCUGCACGGCGGCGCCACCUGGCAGGAGGUCGAGGCCGACAGCCUGGCCCUCCAUGCGAUUGCGCGCCGCCUGCGCGCGCGGCGCUUCGGCAACGGGGCCCUGCGGCUUGACAACACGCGGCUCUACUUCACCCUGGACGCAGAGGGCCAGCCUGUUGCGGGCGCGCCCUACGUUCAACAGGAGGCCAACCAGCUGGUGGAGGAAUUCAUGCUGCUGGCCAACAUGAGGGUGGCCGGCCUCAUCAGCAGCGCGUGCCACCCCACCCCCAACGAGCGGAAGAUGAAGGAGCUUGAGCUGGCGGCGCAGGAGCUGGGGGUUGAGCUGGACAUAUCAUCCGCAGGUGCCCUGCAGCGCUCGCUGGCGCGGCUGCGCGCCGCCACCGACGACGCCGGCACCGCCGAGGUGGUCACCCUCCUGGCCACGAAGCCGAUGCAGCUGGCGCAGUACUUCUGUACCGCAGGGCGCGACAGGGCGGCGCGCUACCCUGAUGUCCUGGUGCACCGCUUGCUGGCCGCGGCCCUCGACCUGCAGUCCGGCGCCGCGCCCUCGCCCACCGCCGCGCUGCUGGCGCAGGGGCUGCCGGACGGGACCGAGAUGCAGCGGAUGGCGGACCACGCCAACGACACGCGCAAGGCGGCCCGGGACGUGCAGGAUGGCAGCCUAAAGCUGUUUUUGGCCGUCAUGCUCAAGGCCGCCCCCACGGUGUCAGAGGCCGUCGUCACGGGCGCGGGUGGCGGCAGGUUCUUCACGGUAUACCUACCAGAGUUUGGCACAGAGUGA